UCCCGCUUCUCUCCCGCCUGAGGUCAAAGUGCGCUCGUAGUCAAUCGGCGGCAAGCGUGCGAGUGUGUUGCUGUAGCCUAUGCUAUUUAAUUAAACGAUUUUUUCUUCCGAAACACUAUUUUGUCAGUCUAAUCAUGAGUUUGCCGCUGAACCCCAAGCCCUUUCUGAACGGUCUCACGGGAAAACCUGUGAUGGUGAAGCUGAAGUGGGGCAUGGAGUACAAGGGCUACCUGGUGUCCGUGGACGGCUACAUGAACAUGCAGCUGGCCAACACAGAAGAAUAUGUGGAUGGAGCGUUAGCAGGUCAUCUUGGUGAGGUGCUCAUCAGGUGUAAUAAUGUUUUGUACAUAAGAGGAGUAGAAGAAGAGGAAGAAGACGGCGAGAUGAGAGAAUGAAGAGUGACUUGAUUUCUGUUUCUAAUCGGAUUGGAUGAUUUAUUGGUUAUUUUGCAGUUUGUCUCAGUUUUAUGUCUCUUUUUGUAAAAUUGUUAGUUAUUUUUUACACUGUAAAAGUUAUUGAUGGCACAAUGACAAAUAAAUUGUGCUGUUUGUCUGUUUUUGCUG